AUGGUGUCGGCACUUCAAAAACUAAGGCGAACAGAUACUUAUAGAUGUCCGCAAGCACAGAUCUCUCAAGCUGCAACGAGUGUGCAAAUAAAAGUAUUAAUUCUCGGCGAUCGAGGCGUUUGGAGAACAUCAGCUGCACGGAAAUUCGUGGGGAAUACGUGCGAAAUUAUAAGCCAAGGAAUCUUGCGCAAAUCUGUACGUGUCAACUACAAGCUAUACGAGUUGAACGUGUUUGACACCGUCUCCGUUGAAGAAUUUGGAGAAGUACCACCAGAGUACAAGGACGUCGACAUAUGUCUUCUGAUGUACUCAGCAAGCGAUCUGAGUAGUUUCAAAAACUUGACGUAUUGGAUAUCCAAUUUCAAGAGAGAAGCGAACAUUAAAAAUAGCGAUACGUUCCCUUUCGUUGUUGUUGGCAACAA